GCGGUCACGCCCGAUAACUGACAGGCCCGCAGCAUCUCGGUGAAGCGGCCGGCGCUACUGGUGAACGCUGGAGCUGCCGCGGCGCGCGACGGCCGCCGUAGACGAAGUUGGCAAGAUGGCUGCCUGUGCCUUUGUUGGUGCGGUGAGAACGGCUUCAGGAAUCCUACGGCCCCUAAAUAUUUUGGCAUCUUCAACCUACCGAAACUGUGUCAAGAAUGCCUCUUUUAUUUCUUCAUUGUCCACUGGACGUUUUGGUCAUAUUCAGACACCAGUUGUUUCCUCCACUUCCAGACUUAUCACAUCUGAGAGAAACCUGACAUGUGGGCAUACUUCCGUGACCCUUAAUAGAGUGGCCCCCUUGCUUCCAAGUGUCCUGAAGCUGCCAGCCAGAUCUCUAACAUACUUCAGUACACAAAAAGGCAAGAGAAAGACUGUGAAAGCUGUCAUCUACAGGUUUCUUCGACUUCAUUGUGGCCUUUGGGUAAGGAGAAAGGCUGGUUAUAAGAAAAAACUAUGGAAAAAGGAACCUGCAAGAAAAAAGCGACUGAGGGAAUUUGUAUUCUGCAAUAAAACCCAGAGUAAACUCUUAGAUAAAAUGACGACGUCCUUCUGGAAGAGGCGAAACUGGUAUGUCGACGAUCCUUAUCAGAAGUAUCAUGAUCGAACAAAUCUGAAAGUAUAGAUCAGAAGUUUCACUUGUUUCUCAGUUAUUGAAUUGUAUCUUUGUGUACAUGAUAUCUUUGCAAAAAUGAAUAAGCGAUGUAAAUUGUACCAAUGGAUAUGUAACGAUACAGUGACAACAUUAAACUUGUACAAGAUUUAAAACUUAA